GAGCUGCGGCUUCUGGGAACCAGUGAGGCGCCCGGCUGCUGCCCGCAGUCAGAGGCCCCGGAGGACGAGGAAGAGGACGGCAGGUAAACGCCUGGGGUCCCUGCUGUGCUUGCUCUUCGCUGGCUGAUUUAUCUCACACCCAAGCCUCUUGAGGGACCCGCACCUUCACUUUUCAGUGUUGUCUCCGGAGAGGUUCUUGCAACCUAGAGAGAUUGGCUUCUGGCUGAUGAGUCUUCCCAGCCUUAAAGGUCACCUAAGGGACUCCGCAAAGACUUACGCAAAUACGUUCAGAAGUGGAGACACGCAGGCAGCUGAGAAGCAGAACAUUCAGGAAUUCUGAUUGGCCUCCUUCAAAGGUGUGUCCCUCCAGACAGUUUUUACAUUUACUUCUUUCUAACAGUCUCCUGCUCCUGGACGUGCACCACGCACCACGGUAACCAGAGGCCAUCACCAUGUCGAAGGACCAGAAUGGAACCUGGGAGAUGGAGAUCAAUGACAACUUUGAAGGCUACAUGAAGGCACUGGAUAUUGAUUUCGCCACCCGCAAGAUCGCAGUCCGCCUGACUCAGACCAAGAUCAUUCAGCAGGACGGCGAUAACUUCAAGACGAAAACCAACAGCACGUUCCGCAACUACGACCUGGAUUUCACCGUUGGAGUGGAGUUUGAGGAGCACACCAAGGGCCUGGACAACCGGACUGUGAAGUCGCUGAUCACCUGGGAAGGCAAUGUCCUCGUGUGUGUGCAGAAGGGGGAGAAGGAGAACCGCGGCUGGAGGCAGUGGGUUGAAGGGGACAAGCUGUACCUGGAUCUGACAUGCGGUGACCAGGUGUGCCAUCAAGUGUUCAAAAAGAAGUGAUGGCCAUGAGGGGCCUGCUCCACACUCCCAGUGAAGGGUUCUUCACCGGCUUUGAGACGAAGCCGUGGGGACCCUCCCACUCCUGACAGAGCCUGUUAAGACAUCUGGAUGGGUUUUACACGGAACGAAUGUGUACCAGUGACAAACAUAUUCUCCCUUCGUUGAA